AUGCCUCCGCGCAAAAGCAACGCCAACCGUAGGAGCGACGUCUCCACCGCCCGAUUCGCCGUAAUGGACGAGGACCCGGCCACCACCCCGACCACGGGACCGGCUCCCGCUGCUCCCGCAACUCCCGCCGCCGCCGCUUCCACCGCUGCUGUCUCGGCGGCGCCCUCCAGUGCCGCUGCCGGAGCGAAGUCCACACCCGAGUCAGCCAAGGCAUCUUCAUCAACACCUCUCACGAUGACGACAGUCUUGAACGCUGGAUCUGACAAGAAGGACUCUGAGAAGGCACCGAAGGAGAAGGCUGACAAGGAUUCCCUUACCAUUGAAGACCUUAACUUACCCAAGUCCAUCAUCACAAGACUGGCCAAGGGUGUGCUACCUCCACAAUCUCAGAUCCAGGCCAACGCUGUCUUGGCAAUGAGCAAGAGCGCCACAGUCUUCAUCAACUACCUUGCAGCACACGCUAACCAAAAUACUGUCAAUGCCAACAAAAAGACUGUUAGUGCUGAAGAUGUGUUCAAAGCUCUUGAAGACAUUGAGUUUGGAUUUCUGCGAGAGCCUUUGGAGCAGGAGUUUGCGAAAUUCAACCAGAUACAAUCUGCGAAGCGCUCCUCAUCCCGCCAAAAGGUCGCCGCCAAGAAGGGCGGCGCAGCAGUAGGCGCUGCGGCAGGAGUCGCNUCAUACCGCCAAAAGGUCGCCGCCAAGAAGGGCGGCGCAGCAGUAGGCGCUGCGGCAGGAGGCGCUGGGGCUGCAGCCGCCGCCGCAACUGCAGACGAUAGCAUCAUCAGCACUGCUUCUGCCGACGGUGACGCCCCUAGGGCGAAGAAGGCCCGCGUUGACGAGUCUUCCAUGACCGUCGACGACGCUGACGAUGCUGAGACGGAACCCGAAGAGGAGGCCAACGAGGACGAAGACGAAGACGAGGAGGGAGAGGAAGAAGAAGACGAGGACGAGGAUGAGGGUGAAGGCAGCGGUGAGGAGACGCAAGAUGCUUUGGAGGAGAAGGAGGAAGGCGAUGAGGAGGAUGUCGACGAGGCGAUUGACGGCGACGAGAGCGAUUAG